AAAAUAUGGCCUUUAUUCUUUAAGCUCAAACUUGAUUUCCAGGUACAGCAGGCCUCUAACUUUUCUUGGCAAAGUCAUGAAGCCUCCUGUCCUCUAAAGCCACAAAAAUUUAACCUAGAGGCAAGCAGCAGGCACUAGGCACAGCACGGAGGGAACCCUGGGGUGUACGCCUUGACUCCCACCUGUCAGCCAGGUCAUUGUGACGCAAACGCUAUGGCCACGUGGAACACCUGCCGGGGAGCAGGGGCGGGGUCACUCUGGGCGGUGGAUCCGAGCGGGGGAUACCCCAGGAGAUGGGGGUCGAGGAGAGACGCCUGGGAGUGGAGAGAGAGAGAGACUCACUCCCCCAGUCCCCGACCCGCCCCAAGCAAGGUUGUAAUAUAACUUAUCUUCUCAUGCUUUUUUCCUGCCCCUUCUCCCCAAAUCAUCAACAGUAGAAAAAGAAGAAGAAAACAUGUCAGGACACAAAUGCAGUUAUCCCUGGGACUUACAGGAUCGAUAUCCUCAAGAUAAAUCAGUUGUAAAUAAGAUGCAACAGAAGUAUUGGGAAACAAAGCAGGCCUUUAUUAAAGCCACAGGGAAGAAGGAAGAUGAACAUGUUGUUGCCUCUGAUGCAGACCUGGAUGCCAAGCUAGAGCUAUUUCACUCAAUUCAGAGAACCUGUCUGGACUUAUCGAAAGCAAUUGUACUCUAUCAAAAGAGGAUAUGUUUCUUGUCUCAAGAAGAAAACGAACUGGGAAAAUUUCUCCGAUCCCAAGGCUUCCAAGAUAAAACCAGAGCAGGAAAGAUGAUGCAAGCGACAGGAAAGGCCCUCUGCUUUUCUUCCCAGCAAAGGUUGGCCUUGCGAAAUCCUUUGUGUCGAUUUCAUCAAGAAGUGGAGACUUUUCGGCAUCGGGCCAUCUCAGAUACUUGGCUGACAGUGAACCGCAUGGAACAGUGCAGGACGGAAUAUAGAGGAGCACUAUUAUGGAUGAAGGACGUGUCUCAGGAGCUUGAUCCAGACCUCUACAAGCAAAUGGAGAAGUUCAGGAAGGUACAAACACAAGUGCGCCUUGCAAAAAAAAACUUUGAUAAAUUGAAGAUGGAUGUGUGUCAAAAAGUGGAUCUUCUUGGAGCAAGCAGAUGCAAUCUCUUAUCUCACAUGCUAGCAACAUACCAGACCACUCUGCUUCAUUUCUGGGAGAAAACUUCUCACACUAUGGCAGCCAUCCAUGAGAGCUUCAAAGGUUAUCAACCAUAUGAAUUUACUACUUUAAAGAGCUUACAAGACCCUAUGAAAAAAUUAGUUGAGAAAGAAGAGAAGAAGAAAAUCACCCAGCAGGAAAGUACAGACAUAGCUAUGCAGGAGCCGAAUCAAUUAAUUUCAUUAGAGGAAGAAAACCAGCGCAAGGAAUCCUCUAGUUUUAAGACUGAAGAUGGAAAAAGUAUUUUAUCUGCCUUAGACAAAAGCUCCACACAUACUGCAUGCUCAGGACCCAUAGAUGAACUAUUAGACAUGAAACCUGAAGAAGGUGCUUGCCUGGGACCAGCGGCAGGGACCUCGGAACCUGAAGGUGCUGACAAAGAUGACCUGCUGCUGUUGAGUGAGAUCUUCAGUGCUUCCUCCCUGGAAGAGGGCGAGUUCAGCAAAGAGUGGGCCGCUGUGUUUGGGGAUGGCCAAGUGAAGGAGCCAGCGCCUGCUAUGGCCCUGGGAGAGCCAGACCCAAAGCCCCAGACAGGCUCAGGUUUCCUUCCUUCGCAGCUUUUAGACCAAAAUAUGAAAGACUUACAGGCCUCGCUACAAGAACCUGCUAAGGCUGCCUCGGACCUGACUGCCUGGUUCAGCCUCUUCGCCGACCUCGACCCACUCUCAAAUCCUGAUGCUGUUGGAAAAACCGAUAAAGAACACGAAUUGCUCAAUGCAUGAAUCUGCACCCUUCAGGAGGGCGCUUACAUGAGGCCCCCAGAAGCUCCCCCAGGGGCUAGCAGAAGUGUAAAGUGAUCAGUAUCCUGUUUUAAUAAUUACGUGCCAUUUUAAUAAAAUGAAAGGGUCAACAGCCCUGUUUAUAUUGGUAUAAUUAUUUACUCUUAUUUGGUAUAAAGGGUUUUCGUGUAUCUCUACGUGGAUCUAAACAAUACAGGAUUGUCUAGAAGCAGUUUCCAGGCCGCCGCUCUCCUGCCUACAUCCCAUCAUGGCUGCUGCGGUGUCACUGGGCUACCGUGAGAUCCAAGUUGAAAUCAGAAGCCUACUUUGAUGGUAGGUUUGAAUGACGUGUCCUACAGCCUCAGAGGCAGCAGGAGGUUAGCAAAGCUUAAAUGCCUCCUUCUCUAUCCCCAGCCUCUGUCCCCCUUGGAGGAGGGCUGUAGAAAGAUUCCCUCUUCCUGCCAAGCCAUCUUCCAGUGAGCUCCGGAUGAAGCUCUGGCCAACCAAAGACACUGUCCCACAGCAGGUGCCUGGUGGGCCACAUGUUCUCACACUGGCGGAGGAGCCAGGCUUCUCUCCAAGGCACAAACUUUUCUAUGGAAAGCAGCCAUAUUUGCAGAUACCACUGUCUCCUUUUGUCCUCUUCGUGGCUGGAAUUCAAAAGCAUGUAUUUCUGAAGCCCCUUGUGACUUCUUUUUUUUUAAUUAAACAGAAAAGAUAUUUGACAUGCA